GCUGGUAGUAACGGAGUCCGGUACUUGUACUUACAUUACAAUUUUUGGUACUUUUACUGUACUCCGUUACAUUUUUGAGAAUCAGUACUUUACUGUACUCCGAUACUUUUUAUAAAAGUUUAAAGUAUAUUUUAAGUACUUUUGAGGCUCAGUGAAAGGGUAAGUGCCGCCGCAGGCCCGGCAAACGGAAAGAGUUUUGUUGCGCAUCAAUUUUCGAUUUCGUAUUUUUGGCAGAGUUCAGCAGAGUAACAGAGUAACAUCCCUUGUUUUUAUGGUGCUGAAGCGAAUUGGAUGCCACUUUGGUCUUUUGGAAUAUAUGUUGCCGUUGGCUUACUUACUACACUUACUUACUAGACUCUAUGAAAUUAUAUAUAGUUUGCCUCGGGUGCCGUGGACCACAUUGUGUGUCCAAAAUCUGGCCUAGUGUUGUCACGUUUUCUUUCUUCACCCUCGUGAGUCGUGUUGUCCACUGCAUUCUUCACUUAUUCACUCCACCGUUCAGAGAUCUAGUUCAGUCAUUGCUCUUCGAUCUUCAGUUGUUAGGCUACGUUAUGGAUUUUGUGUUGAGCACGUGUCUCUCCAGGUAAGUGGAUGCUGGACAUUUUACGUUUGUUCGGCAUGAAGCAAAGGAUGCUUCUACCUAUGCAGGCUUCAAGGUAGUUUUGAAGUGCACGAUAUGUAAGAAGGACCAGAGUGCCAGCAAUAAUUCGUCAUCAAACCUGGUGAAGCACUACAAGAGAGUUCACAAGACCAUCAACAUCGAAUCGACCCCCAGCAAGAAAAGAGCCUUGCCAGAGGAUCAAAUUACAAUGAUGAGUUUUGCUGUCAGGCGGGUAAAGGCGGAUCCCUCCGUGACUCAGGCUGUGACGGACUACAUCGUGACGGACGUCCUGCCCAUCUCAACCGUGGAGAAGGAGAGUUUCAAACGGCUGAUUCAAGCUUUGGUGCCUGGAGCUGCCAUCCCAUGUAGAGCCUCGAUUGUCAAGUGUUUGGAGUAUAUUUGCUCAGGAAGAAGAGGAGGAGGAUGGUGAGGAGAGCAUCAGCGUGGAGCCUGUCUCUAUCUCUGAUUUAAAAGAGGGUUCAACAGAGACCCUGUAUAUUGCACUGUCCCCUCAGCAACGCUGUGCAGCGCACACCUUGAAUCUUGUAGCCAAAGAGGCCAUGAAGAUGGACAGUGAUGUGGCCAAAAAUUGCUGGGUAAAGGCGAAGCUGCUGUGGAACAAGCAGAGCAGAAGUCCUCUUGCUGCAGAGACAAUCUAUUCAGUUCUGGGAAGGUAUUUGGUUGUUCCAAAUGCCACAAGAUGGAACUACUCGUUUGAUGCAAUGGACUGCUUACGAAAGGUGAUGAAGCCUUUUUCUUUUGCGCUGGACCUGCUUCAGGGAGAGAAGGAGACCACCCUGGAGCAUCUUCUGCCCACCCUGGUGGCAUUGAAGUUAAAGAUGACAUCCCUUCUGGAUAGUGCAGGACGCUGCAGGACUUUUUGUCUUGAACUCCUGGCAGGACUGGAUAAACAGUUCGGGCCUAUGUUCGACGACAAGACCUGUAUCUUGGCUGCAGUUGUGCAUCCCAAAUUCAAGCUCUCAUUUCUUCAAAAUGACAGCAAAGGAGAGAGCCAAGCAGCUGUUCAUAGACGAACUCUCCAAAUUUGAAAAGGAGUCAGGUCGUGAGGAGGAGGUGGUUGACGAUGGCCUCUUUUCCGUCUUCGGUGGAGCCGAGGAACCCGAAUACCUGGCAGCUAAAGACACCUCCCUCGGCUGCCUGGAAGCUUUUCCGGACGUGAAGGCCCUUUUCCGCCAGUGAAACAGCAUCCUCCCAUCGUCAGCACCAAUAGAGAGGCUGUUCUCGUUGGGGGGGCUCAUUUUUGUGCUCAAGAGAUCUUCAUUCAGUGACAGGAAUUUUGAGAAUCUCCUCUUGGUGAAGUACAAUAAGAGCUUUUGUUAGUUAGAUUGUAAGGUUUUCAACUGAAUCAGGGGUACUU